AGCGUCUCACGCGAGGAUCUUUCCUCGUCCCCACCCCCCUUGCCCUUUUUCCUAGUAGCACAUGCAUCGCAUAAUAGAAAAAUGAGUAUCUACCGACCUCGCUAGUCACGCGCCACGCUUUUCUUGUCCUUGUUUCAAAAGAAGUAGUCUAAAUCACUUUGAUCGCCCUACAUCGUUCUUGCAUCCAGGUCGAGGAGACAUAGGGAAAAGAAAGAGAAACCAAACUAACCAGAACCAAAGAUGUAUCGUUUUCGUUGCCGCUUGUAAAAAAUACGAAUUUUCGUCGUCACUGCGACGGCUAACUCCACCUCAGUGCGGCCAGGGCGAAGCUAGUAGUAGUAACUUGCACGCUCGCCCACUAUGUGCGGCAUUUUCGCGUACAUCGGGAACAAUCCCGAGUUGUGCCGGAUGCUAAUCGAGGCGCUGCAGCGCUUGGAGUACCGUGGCUACGAUUCCGCCGGGAUUUGCAUCCACGACGGGAAAAAGGAUCUGCUCGUUGAAAAGUGCGCCGGCAAGGUGCAGAGCCUGAGGGACCUGUGCAAGUCGCAGGGUGAGCGGUUAGCGGGCACGGUUGGGAUCGCGCACACCCGGUGGGCCACGCACGGCAGGCCGAGCGACUACAAUUCCCACCCGCACACCAGCACGAGCGGAAGCGUCGCCGUCGUGCACAAUGGGAUCAUCGAGAACUACGCGGAGUUGAAAUCGGAUUUGCAAGAUAAGGGGUACGUGUUCAAAUCGGAUACGGACACGGAAGUGCUGGCGAUGCUUGUCGACGACAUGCGUGUGGAGCUCGAAGAAAAAGACCUCUCGACGGUGGUCAGCGCUGCUUUGGGUACAGACGAAUCACUACUUUGAAGAAAUUGAAUCUAUUGUACCGUUGGUUGAAUAAAAGCGUGUCGGAUCAAAGAGCAUCUUCACGUUUGAUAACAAGCACAGAAGAUAUCGGUGUUCGAUGAAAUACCAGGCCAGAAUUGACUCACAUCCUUCUACAUACCAGAUCUCUGCGUCGGCACCUUCGGCGCAGUCUUUCUCUUCAAGGACCGACCGGACGUUCUUGUCGGCGCGAGACGCGGGAGUCCGCUGAUUCUGGGUCUGGGCGAGGACGCGUCAAACCCACAGUUUUUCCUCGCCUCUGAUGCGUGCGCCAUUGUGCAGCACACCCGGAACGUGAUCUACAUCAACGACGGAGAAACCGUCGAGUGCAGCCGCGAGGGCUACAAGAUCCACGACUUGGUGAAGCUGGCCAAGAAGGCCCGGCAGAUCCACAAGCAGGGCUCUGCGUCCACGGAAGCGGGGAUCGACAACCCCAUCGUGCGGUUAGAAAUGAAGAUGGAGGAGAUCGAGAAGGGCGGGUUCGAACACUUUAUGUUGAAAGAGAUCCACGAUCAAAAAACCAGCCUGAUGAAUUGCAUGCGGGGACGGCUGAAGAAGAACGACCCGGAGAGCCCGACGGACGCCCCACCGACGCCGAGAAACCGAGCCAUCGGGGAAUACACGAUGACGCUCGGUAGCAGGGAGAGUUUUCUUCUUUCUGCGGCGUUCUUUUGGAUACUUUUAGUAUCUUCUGGAAAAGUGGUAGAUGUCGAAACAGCAUGAGUCUCAGAUCCUUUUGCUUCUGUGUUGACUGAUUUCAAAUUCAAUCAUUCAAACUUCAGGUGGUCUAGAGCACCAGUUGGAGAGCGGCGAAACCAUCGGCGAACGAAUGAUCAAUGCUGGCCGCAUCGUGAUGUGUGCGUGCGGUACCUCGUGGCACUCUGCGCUGAUUGGGGAGUACUUGUUCGAGCAGAUGGCACGCGUUCCGGUGGAGGUCGAAUACGCCUCGGAGUUUCGGUACCGCAGACCUCUGAUUCGAGAUAGCGACGUGAUCAUCGGAAUUUCCCAGUCUGGCGAGACGGCAGACACGUUGGAGGCGAUUCGCUUGGCCCAUGCGCACGGCGCAGCGACCUUUGGGAUAGUCAACGUCGUCGGGUCAACCAUCGCUAGGGAAACCGUUGCAGGUUCGUUGUUUAGACGCGCUUUAUGUGUAGUUUCCUUUGACUUCUGUUUGGUUUGGUGCGAGGAGAAAUUCUCGUGCAUGAGAUUGAAGUCAUCAUUUCAACCUAAGAACAGGUAUGUACAUCCACGCGGGCCCAGAGGUGGGAGUCGCUUCGACGAAAGCGUUCACUGGGCAGGUUCUCUCCCUCUUUCUAAUCGCCCUGUACCUGGCAAAGUUGAGUGGAUCCCUGUGCGACUCCGACUUCCAGCGACUCGCGGAGGAGUGUUUGGCGAUGCCGGAAACGGUUUCGAAUAUCAUCACGAAACAGAAGGAUCUGGUGUACAAGCUGUCCAAGGAGGUCCGCCUGGCGAACAACUUCCUCUUUCUCGGUCGGGGAUUGAAUUUCCCCGUGGCGCUAGAGGGGGCGCUGAAGCUGAAAGAAAUCUCGUACAUCCACGCAGAGGGAUACCCCGCUGCGGAGAUGAAGCACGGACCAAUUGCGCUGAUCGACCAGUUUAUGCCGGUGGUAGUGAUUGCACCGAGGAAUGACCCAACGUACAGAUAGAUGCUUUUCUGUUUUGUCUUCUGGUUCUUUCAUCCAAAUCGAAUCACCGAGGCGGGACAACUUACGACUACGUGUACACCUAGCAAAGUGUCGGAAAUGAAGAAGAUUAUUCGUUUUGUGGAUCAUGUUCCGACUCGGACGGUCAAAAAUGCAACUUUCAGGUACAUCAAGGUGAAAGCCAACAUAGAAGAAGUGCACGCGCGAAACGGGUCACUGAUCAUUUUGACGGACGAAGGGAACGACGAACUGAACCAGUUUUCUGAGUACGUCAUCCAAAUCCCAACAAUAGACCAGUUAUUGCAGCCGAUUCUAAACGUCAUUCCAUUGCAGCUGAUGAGUUACUACAUUGCGAAAUUCCGGGGGUGCGAAAUCGAUCAGCCAAGAAACCUGGCAAAGAGUGUCACGGUGGAGUAA